ACAACGUGCACAGGUCGUUGGGCUACCAAAGCAGGGGAGCCAUCCCCUCUUCAGAGAAUCAAAAUUGUGAUGGCAUGCCUUCGGAUCGUCUUCAGGGAUGUCCUCAGGAUGAUGACGUCACCAAUAUCCCAUUGUGCAGCUCUAGUGCGACGUAAAUAAAGUAUCUACCUACCCAUUCUAUAUCGGCAGAAAUGAUCCCCUGGAAGUGCACCGAUAAUAAAAUCCAAUCGAAAAUAAUGUAGUGCUGUUGAUGAUUUUGUGUAGUUUUCAGUCGGUUAAGUACUGUAAUUGACAGUUCGAGACGCUGCUAUAUACAACGUAUUUUAAAAAAAACCUUUGUUUGCCUAAAGAUGGAAAAUACAACACUGGAUGAAAACGCUGAACCUAUUCAUUUUAAGAAGAUCGUAGUUGUUGGCAAUGAGGAUUGCGGUAAAACACAGCUCAUCAGAGCUUUUAUUGAAGUUUCAGAUUCCCACGUAAGUGCUCAAUAUUUCCGUGACAAUGCACACUCUAAUAUUGACAUUGACGGUACGAAUUUCUCGUUAUUAAUUUGCAAAGCACCGUGUCCGCAGAAUCACAAAGGAGAGAGAUCAAAAUUAUAUGAAAAUGCCGACGUAGUAAUUAUUUGUUUUGCAGUGGACAAUAUGAAUAGUUUUCUGUGCGUCGCGAGCAAAUGGCUGAGAGAGAUGCACGAAAAUCGUCCAGACGUGCCUUUGGUUUUAGUUGGAAAUAAAUGCGAUCUAAAAUCUCAAGAGGCUGCCCCUAGCACGAUAUCGUACGAUAAUGGACUACUAACUGCAAGAAACAUAAAUGCCUACCAAUAUGUGGAAUGUUCCGCAAAUACUAAAGAAAGAGUUUUAGAGGUUUUUAUCGCUGCAGUAAAAGCUACAUUAGAAUAAUUGUAUUGUGUGCCACAUGUGGUCUCCAAGCAUGCAGCAAAAUCUUCCAGAUGUGGUAUUGGUUUUAGAGAAAAAUAAAUCUGACAUGAAAUCUUAAAAAUUUUGUUUUAAUGCCCUAUAUAAGUGACAUUUUUCUUCAAAUGCAAAUAAGAAUUUUAAAUAUUAUUAUUGCUACAGAUAAGGCUUAAACUCAAAUGUUUCUUCUACAAUUUGCAAGGUAUCUCAUUUUAAUAUUAUAAGAAUUUAUUUAUUAAUUGAAAAAAUAAAAUUAAUGGUUUUGUUGAAAUGUGCUUUUUGAAAGUUAUUUGAAUUAUUUUACCUUAAAAAUUAUCCUGACAAUAAUAAAAUUACAGAUUUAAUAAAAAGAGCUAUAUAAACUAGUCUGUUUUUAUCAACAGUCAAAUAAUAGUAGUUUUAUAAUAGUUCUUGUUGUGAAAUUAUUACUGCCAAUAUUAAAUUUCGUACAAUUUCUUUGAUUUAUAUGUGAGUCUUUUUGAAAAACUGGGUUUUUAGUUUUGUUUGUUAUUCCGGUAUUUGGUACAUCUUUUAUAACCUCAUAGAACCAGUGAUAUAUAAAUAAUAAUAAAAUAAUUAUAUUUCAUGAAUCCUUAACACUUAAGUAUUCAGCGAAUUUGGAUAAUUUGAGAAAGGAAAAAUAUGUCUGAAAUGUCUACUUUCCAAUUUGUGAUUCUUCUAGUUGGAAUUUUUAUUUAUAACAGUGUAGAAUUUUGAUUCUUGCUAAUGAUUUUAAUAAAAUUUUGGAUUGAAA